AUGCCUCACGCUACAGAGCCCCAGUCACUAAGGCUCAACGCCGCCAACUUGCCUGAGUUGGAACACGCCACUGUUCCCACUUACGACCGCGCCAGCAUGAAGCACGGCAUCGUCCACGUUGGUGUAGGUGGGUUCCAUCGCGCUCACUUGGCCGUCUAUGUCGACAGCCUUCUUGAGCAGCUGAAGCUCAAGGACUGGGCUAUCUGCGGUGUCGGCCUGCAGCCCUUCGAUGCUGAGAUGAGGAACGCCCUCGUACCUCAGGACAACCUCUACACAGUCAUCGAGCGCUCCGCACCCGGAUCCAAGGCUCGCGUCAUUGGCAGCAUUACAGACUAUCUCUUUGCUCCUGACAACGCUGAGGCUGUCAUUGCUAAGAUGGCUCACGAGGACACCCACAUUGUCUCUAUGACCAUCACCGAGAGCGGUUACUUCUACAACGAGAACACACACGAGCUCAUGACUGACCACCCAGACAUGGCAGCCGACCUUGCUGGCGCUCACCCUCCCCGCACCUUCUUUGGUUUCGUCUACGCUGCGCUGGCGCGUCGUUACGAGGCUGGCUUGAAGCCCUUCACCGUUCUGUCCUGUGACAACAUGCAGAAAAACGGUCACAUCACCCGUGAUAUGCUUCUCGCGUUCGCCAAGCACCGCGACCCUGACGUUGCCGCAUGGCUCGCUCAGAACGGUGCUUUCCCCAACUCCAUGGUUGACCGUAUCACCCCCAGGACCGUCGAAGAGGAUGUCGUCAAUCUUCGCGAGGAAUUCGGUGUUGAGGACUCAUGGCCCGUUGUCACUGAGCCCUUCAGCCAGUGGGUUGUCGAGGACAAGUUCUGUGACGGUCGUCCCGCCUUCGAGAAGGUCGGUGUCCAGGUUGUCAAGGACGUCAAAAACGUUGAGGAGUUUGAGCUGAUGAAGCUCCGCCUUCUCAAUGCUUCUCACUCUGCCAUGGGAUACGCCGGUUACCUCUCCGGAUUCCAGUACAUCCAUGAGACCAUCGGUCACCCUGUCUUCGGCAAGUUCAUCAAGAACAUGAUGAAUGAGGAGGUCAAGCCUCUUCUCCCUAAGAUCCCCGGCGUUGACGUCGACGAGUAUAUCCAGACCCUCAUCGGCCGCUUCUCCAACCCCACACUCAAGGAUGAGAUCACCCGAAUUUGCCUUGGUGGCUCCGGCAAGCUGCCCCAGUUCAUCAUGCCUUCCAUUGCCGAGCAGAUCGUCGCUGGAGGUCCUCUCCGCCGCCUCACCCUUGCAACUGCCGCAUGGUUCCGCUACCUUCGCGGUAUCGACGAGCAGGGCCACGACUUCCAGCUCUCUUUUGACCCUAGGAAUGAUGAGCUCCAGAAGAUUGCUCGCGAUGAGGGCAACCCAAUGAAGCUUCUCAGCAUUGGCGAUCUCUUCGGUGAUGAUCUCCGCGGCGACGAGCGUUUCGUCAAGGAGCUCACUGAAUCCUACAACGCCCUUGAGCGUGACGGUGCUAUGAAGACUGUUGAGAGGAUUGCAUAG